CAUAAUCCGAUAAGAGGUCUGAUAUAUUUAUCAUACUGGGGCGAACGGUUACAUGUUAGCAGUGUCUCCGUAGUCCAUAUCUACUGUUGAUACAUUUGUGUUCGAGAUCUUGUAAAAUCUACAAUUAAAUCAAAGUACUGUCGACAAACAACUAGCGAUCCUCAGAUACAGAAUUAUGACCACUUUCACCGGUGGUGUACAGAGACCAACUCGUACACUUCCACCUGGUUGUAAGGGACCUGUUUGUGCAUCGCUACACUUAUCUGUUAGUAGACUAGUUUUAACCAAAGAUGUAGGACCACGUACACUAAUACCCGCUGCAUGUGUACUUGUACAUUGGUACGACGAGGAGAAGUAUGCAGCUACUGAGACACCACUACGACUACUCCCUGUGUGUUCGUAUGCAGCAAAGGAACGCACAGCUAGGUCAGCGAGUACAAAUAUAAAAUCUAUCCAUCCUACUAACAGUUCGUCACCGGAUCGUGUAAGCGCGUACAACCCUCUCCGCUACACACAUACCUACCAAAUAUUAUGCAAUACGGAAGGCUUUACGUCGUAUUUGAGUAAGCAUGGCGGUUGGGAGCUUAAGGUGAAUGAUCAGGUAUCGGGGAAACCGAUUGGCGUUGUACGCAUACCUGGACUGAGCACUUUAACAACCCUUUCGCCUCUGAUAAAGCACUAUGCUGUGCGUACUGCAGACCGUACUAAAGUGGGAGAACUCACGGUCGCAUUGCACUAUCAGCCGGUGUCCCCACCACGCACACGCAGAGCUCACAAGAAGCAUACGAAUAAGGAUGAUGGCAACGAAGUCGACAAUAGUGCACGCAGCAAGUCGGACGCAAACGAUAUUAGCCAUAAUACUGCGAAAGAGGAUCUUGACAGUUCCGAGAAUUGGAAAACGCCCGCGUGUGUAGCACGUGACGCCAGAUAUAUAAAGUUCAGGGACCGGGACCGGUGGCGGAUUUCGCCUAUAGCUUCGUCGCAGACGCAGGAUUCAGAUAGUAGCGUGGAACCAAACAUAGAUAGGAAAAAUGACAAAGAUAAGCACUCAAGAAAUAGCGACAGAGCUCGAGAGGAAAGACCGAGAAGAAGUGGGCGUGAAGCACACAAUGGGCGCACUGAGUCGACAAUUCCCCACUUUGGGCCGUCGAGAGUAUACAACAGCACAUAUGCACAACGGUCUCCACAUACGCAGAGCUACUCACGACAGCAUCCACCCAAUGUGCUGGACAAUGACGAUGGUCUGUUGAGAGAUGUGUUAAAACACUUCCUGAGAAACAGCUGGCCCAGGAACGAGAGAUCGGAGUACGAUGCGUAUGGCUUAGGAUCACAUAGAGACGGCUAUAACUACAAGCAAUGUAAUGAUGAUAAAGAUACAGGAAAGAGUUAUGGUUAUGAUAACCAACGAAUGUCAUCCCAGUUCACGUGUCGUAGACCUCCAUACGAGCCGAAUACAGGUACAGAUAUACACGGCAAUGUAUACGAGCGCUACAGAUAUCCUAGUCAUGCAGGCAGUAGGGUCAGUCAGCAAGUUUGGGUAGGCUUUGGUCUGUGUAACCAGCCACGAUGCACGUGUAUGCACGACCUUCUGAAGACAAGUAAGGUGCGUGUGCACCUGGAAGACACUUUUGCCUACAGGACAGAUGUAUGCUUAGUCAAGCCGCUGAUCUGUUUAUUCCAGGUGGAACGGCACGAAUUGGCUGCCUUAGCGGGUAGAGAUGAAAAUGUACUAAUUCCUAUCGUAUUUACCAAGGAGGGCAGCAGCCGUGGUGGACGCAGCGACAGUGAAGGAGAAGUUGUGCGUAAUAUUGCGAAGACCAAGGAAAGAAGUAGUCAGACCGUGGGUGUAGCUAAAGUAGAUAUACUCGGGCUGUGCCAGUCUAUGUGUGCACCCGGAGAUGUAGAUGCCACCCAGCCCACCACUUUAUACAAUGUACACUCGCCCAAAUCCGGUAAGAGCAAGGCACGUAUACAUGUCUGCACUGCCGCGGGUUCGUAUGCGCAUGUGAUGCGUGUGUUGUACCAGACGAGUGACGUGGCUUCAUCAGAUCCACAGACAUCCUCGCACGCAAAGACCACUGGAGAUAGUAAUAGCACUGAUGGGGGGUAUAGUAAGGGUGCGCAUACGUCUACCAGAAGCGAUGGUAUGGGCAGCGAGGAAUCCCGCUGGGCACGACCGACGAAUCAAACCGCGGGUAAACCCGGGAUUGGAGAUCCGGCAGUAAAUGAUCGCCAGUGUUCCAGCAAUCCUUCCGUGUCCGGCGUUCGAUUGGUAAUCUCUGCAAUCAGCCCCAUCACCGGUGCCCCCUUAAAUGCCAAAGCUUGUUUUGCAUCUACAGACGAAUACUUACUCAAGUACAGAUUUCCCUUCACCAAAGAUCAUGAGGUUACCACCACGGGCCUCUCAGUGAGUGCCAAUGAUAGUUCAGCCGACGGGGGUGCACGGAAAGCCACUCCAUUGAUCCACAUACACGCACACUCGAUCGUGGUAACGGAUGCACAGCUCAAGGACACGAUGGGACAAAGCUUAGUGUUCCGUAUGUGGCGACGUCACUCCAUUGACAACACUGGGUGUCAAGAAGACCAUUUCAUCGGCUCUGUCAUAGUCGAUCUGUCAGGCCUGUCUCUUGGUAUCGACGAAAUUUCCGGUUGGUAUAAUCUUUGUGGCGAACAUUGCCACGUCCUCGGCCAACUCAAGAUCCACUUCCAUCCGCGAUAUACUUCGAUGACACACCUAUCCGUCCCUUCGAACCUACAAACAUCCGUUGCUGGCAACAACAGCAUAUCCAACCACCGCUACAGUCAAUCCAAUAUACAAAAUCAGUACAAAACACAAAACCAGCACAGCACACAUAGUCAACUGCCAAACACUGCCACAUCAUCAAUCGAUACACGGGCCGCCAUGGGCGACUUUGAUGUCGCCCCUCCGUCCUCCCUGUCGCACUUGUACGCCUCCAUCUCGGUCAAGUCUGAGUCAUUCUUGGCGCAGCAACUGCUUAAUAAUAUGGACGAUUUAGAUAAGAUGAACAAGGCACUGGUAGCUUUAGAAUAA